AUGGACAUACCAGAUGAGAAUUUAACUCCUAAGAAGAAAGAAGAUGAUAAGAUUAGUAGUACUAUUCUAGAUUUAAGUGACAAUGUGAUUUAUUUUGGAACACCUACAUCAGCAGAAAAACGAUUGCACACAAUGGAAACCCCACCACGACAUGUUUCAUCAAGGAGAAAGACAGUUCUCCUUCCUUCUAAAACAGUGCUUUUUUCAGCAGAGAAUUUAAGUCUACAAGAAAAUUCUAAAGAAAAAAAGAAAAGUCGACGGCAGAGUUAUUUAUAUGCAACAAAAAGUUCUGUUAUGUUGGAACAGCAACGACGUAUGGAGAUUCAAGAUGACGAAGAUGUUGCAUUGUAUUCUUCGAAUCCGUUUGAAGAAAAUACAUUGUUUAUGGAAGCACCGGGUAGUGUUGAACGGAAGAUUAAAAAAAGAAAAAGUGAUAUAGGGAGACUGGCCCCAGUACUUUCGUCAUGUCAAAAACGGAGGAAAGAAGUUCGGAGGUUUUCUAUUCUUGAUACAAUAGCUCAUCAUCCAACAUCAAUUGUUUCUCGAAGAAAAUCUGCAUCAUUAUUAUCACAAAAACAAAAUAAAAUAUUGAAUUAUGUUUUUGAAAAAGAAGUUGAUCAUUCUCAAAUACAGAUGUCUUUUUGUACUAAAAUGCAAGCUUAUAUACGAGGUUAUUUAACACGAAGGUCAAUAGCUCUUCAAAAUCAAGCAGCAAAAGUUAUUCAGUUUAAAUAUCUUACUAUUCUUGCCAGAAGAAACUUUUGUAAACAAAGGAGAUCCGCUAUAAUUAUUCAAGCUGCAUGGCGUAGUUGGGUUGUACGAAUGCGUUAUUUAGAAAUUGUAGAAGCAUGUAUUUCUAUUCAGAAGUGGUGGAGACAACUAUCUCAACAAAAGAGAACAAAGCAAAAAGAUGCGUGUAUAAGUUUACAAGAAAAACAAAUUACAAGAGAUGUAUCAAACAAUUCUAGUCUUCAAGGAUUUCUAAAAAAAUGGGAAUCUAAAAAAGCUCUGGCAGCUGCUACAAAGGAUAAAAAUAUAAAAAGAGAUUCCUUGUUAGAUAAAUGUAACAUUAAAUUGACAACAGAAAUCGAAGAAAAUCAAGCGUUUCAUUUAAUUGAAGAAUUGUCAUCACAAAAAACGAACAUACCUAUAAUAUCAGACGAAUCACCAAAAUUAUCUAGAAAAGUAUCAAAACCAAAAACAUUAUUAUCUGAAUCUAAACCCACAUCAUCUAUGACUAUAAUGUUGAAACAAUCUAUUUCCUUAUCUACUGCUAGAAUAUUGUCUAACCCUACAAAAUCACUUUCUGGUAAUACACAUAAUUAUCAUACAUUUCAGAAUCCUUCAAAAUUACCAAAAUCGCGUCUUACAGCACCUGCAUUUGCUUCAAGAACUAUGGUAUUAAGCGAUAUCUCACCAAAUUCACUGAGAAAUGAUAUAAAUGAAAUAUCACAUACACCUACAAAAAAUGUAAAAGUUGAUGGUAUUUCAACAGGUGCUUUAAGAGUUUCUACACCAAGUCCAAAAAAAGGGGCUUGUCUUGGAUCACCUAAAAAAACAAUAAAAAAGACGACUGUUUCUAGGAAAACUGCUUUACUAACUUCUCAAAAUAUAAAAUUAUUGCAUUCUUCACAAAUAAUAUCUGAAAACACUCCUAAAAAAAAUACCAAUUCUUUUACAAAUAACGGACUUGGUUCACCUUCAAGACAAAAAAUUGCUAAUCAAACAGAAUUUUUUACUUUUAGAAAUUUAGAAACUAAUAAUGAAGAACGAGGUUUAUAUAGUCGACCUAGAACAAUAGAGUCGAAAACAUUAUUUACGCCUAUUCUGCAAUCUCAUGUACCAGCAACAAAACAUAAUGCUGUUUCUCAGAAUUUGUAUACUCCAUAUCGAUCUUUAAAUUAUUUAACUCUAGGGGAAAUAACCAAAAUGACGAGACAAAACACAUACCAAAAUAGGAUAUAUAGAUGUGAUUUUGAUAGAAUUAUUGUAAGAAAAAAUCAAUUACGCCCGCCAUCACCAACUGCAAAAUCACAAUCUAAACUUGCAGCUGAAGCACGUCUCAGACGGAAAAAAUUACAAAAAGAAAAAACACAUGAUUAUACUCUUGGUCCCGGAGAUGAUGAUAAUUGGAUUCCACGGGAACUUACGCCUUUAAAAAAAGGUGUAAGGUGGGAUAAACUCCUAGAGUCUGAAUUUGGACAGUCUAAAUCUAAUCAUACAUUGGAAAAAUCUAAUUCAAAGAAAACAAAAACUCAAAAAGGAUGUUUAUCUAAAAAAACACAAAUGAUCCGACUAGAUGAUCUUGGAAAUGUAUUGGAUGCACGUGAACCAUUAACGCCUAUUAUAGGCAAAGCAGAAAAAGUUAUUGUACAAAAGUUUCUUUAUAAAGGAGAGGAAGAUGAAUGA